CGGAGUCUUCUUCACUUUCCACCAGAGGAGUCGACUCGCACACAGUUCGUGUUUUCUUCAGGCUGUCCGGAAACUUUACGAACCACCAUAAGGUAAUGAUAGACUCUUCUACACACAACCUUGUUAUGCCCGCGUAUCAUGAAGCCCAUUUUUCAUGGACAGACUUAUUCUGCACUGACCUGUACCCUACAUACAGAGACCCAUCACCAGAUGUCCCUUCCCAGUGGUCGUCUCUACCCCCAGAACAUUGGACCAAGUACCAGGUGUGUGAAUGGCUUCAGUACUGCUGUGACAACCACAAGCUGGACGCCACCUGUAUACCCUUCGCCCAGUUCAAUGUGACCGGCCUGGAGCUCUGCAACAUGAGCAAAGAAGACUUCACAGAUUCGGCAGGAGCCUGCGGUCAUUUUCUCUACAGUCUUCUGCAAGAAACUCGAACACAUGGCAUUCCAUUACUUACUGGUUCAGAGGAAGUGCCGCCCCCACAAAGCGCUGACCGUAAUGAUAAAGUAUUCUUAAAAUCAGAACCGGUGAAACGAAACCGAGCCACCAACCAGCAUCGACAUGGCGUGCACAAUUCUCAUUUGUGGGAAUUCCUUCGUGAUCUUCUCCUGUCACCUGAGCAAAAUGAUGGCAUCUUAGACUGGGAGGAUCAGGAGCAGGGAAUCUUCCGCGUGGUGAAGUCCGAGGCGCUGGCACGCAUGUGGGGCCAGAGGAAGCGCAACGACAGGAUGAAUUACGAAAAGCUCAGUAGGGCUUUGAGGCACUACUACAAGACGGGCAUCCUGGAGCGAGUAGAUAGGCGACUGGUCUACAAGUUUGGCAAAAGCGCUUAUGGGUGGCACCGUCCCGUUACGCAUUGAGUGACCCCUCCGAUGGCUGCUCCGGGGCAAUUCUCGUAGAUUCCAUGAAUCAAAUUUCAACUUCACUGUCAGAGGAUGAAUAUUCUCUCUGUGCAGAACUUGAACUCAUCACAGAAUCUGAAUCAUGAAGCAAGUUAAUCAGUAUUAGCCCAAAUAAUCACCCUGGAUUAUAAAGGUACUGUAAAUAGGGGACCCACAUGGGGGCCACAGGUUGUGUCGGGUAUGUCAGGUAACUGAAUAGGGCUGAGCUGCAAUACCAGACACAACCCGAGGACGGCUGUGGCGCUGUUUCUAUAAGAAAGCAGCAAUGUUUUCAUCAUCUCCUACAACCCCUUGUGAGUGCCUACAGGAGCCGACACUAGAGGCCAGGGGGCAAUGUUGGCUCAAUAGUGCCCCUGCCUCAAAUAUGUUCUGAGAAAUGUCUCCUGUUCAUCACCUCCUGAAAUCACGUCUUUGUGCAACUUAGUCCCUUGCAAGUGAAUAUGCCGCAAUACCAAAAAAGGCCACUAUACAACGUAUGGCGCUGUUCGUACAGCUGAUUAGUGGGGUGUCAGGAGUCAAUCAGAUAUUGACUAUAAUGACCUAUCCUGAGGUCAUCAAUAUUUGCAUCCCGGAUAACCCCUUUAAGCUUGACCUCUUGCUCCUCCUACCUGACUUAUAUUAAUUGUUGUCUUUCCCAUACCUCUAAAUAUUUUAAUUCUAUAUCAAUUUAAAGGGGCUGCCCAGGAUUUUACUACUGAUGGCCUGUCCUGAGGAUAUAUGUGGUCGGUGGGGGUCCGACACCUGCCAGCCCUGCCGAUCAGCAGUAGCUCGAUUACACAGCGCCAUCCUCUGUGUAGUGGACGGAGCUGGUAACUGCACCGCUGCUCCCAGCAAAGUCAAUACUGCCGUAACCAGCUCCUUACACUACAAAAUGGACAGGGCUGUUUAGUUCUGGAGCUGACUUCCAGCAUCGGGGCCAACCCGAAAUAGCUGAUCGAUAGGGGUGCGGGGGUGUCAGCAUCCUGUCGACAAUGCCUUUAAGCUCCACCCUGUUCCACCAAGCAACGCCCUCAAAUUGCAUAGAAAAACUCAUUUGAAUGUGUGAAUGGUUGUAUGUAAAAAUGUGAAUAUAUACGUGUCAAUAAUAUUUUUAUGCCAAACCAAAUAAAUAUAUAUUUAACAUCCAGGAGUUGAAUUCUUGGCUUCGCACUUUGGGUUUCAUGCUCUACGCGGCAGAAAAAUUCACAUACUUCUCACAGCUGUGGGACUGCUACAAUUGUAUCCAGUGUGGACAAUCCCCCGCGAACACAGCAGUGUGCAAAUCCAAUGCCCGUGCUGAGUGUUUGCUGCAAUGUGUUAGUAAAUGUAUCAGCCCUAGACCAUUGUCGACUGGAUACAACGGUACCAAACCCUCAACAGCGAGUAGGACUAGGUCAACACUAUUUUCAGCUUCUGGAUGUAAGCAAGAAUGGUCCC